CCAAAAUUCACGCUUUCCCACGACGGUACAAUAAACAAACGAAAAGACGCGGCUUAUAUCCGAGUAUAAAAGGUCCCAAACUUCACUAAUGCAAUACAGAGGCUUUUUUGUUUCUUAGUCUUUACUUGCAUUCAAUUGAACGCGGAAUUAAGUUGUUUAAUGAAUUGUGCUGAGAUUUCUUGAUUAAGUAAACGUGGGACUGAGAGAUGGGAAGUUGUAGGUUGUAUACAUGCUUUGCCGGGAAAAGUAGGAUGACGGAGGCCGGGCCAUUGAGGGAGGUGAAGGAGAUGUUCAACAAAUACGCGGAAGGUGGGACCCACAUGACGGCGGAACAGCUCCGUCUGUUCUUGGUUGAAGUUCAGGGCCAUGUUGGCACGUCAAUGGCGGAGGCACAGCAAAUAAUGGAGCAGGUUUUGCAGAGACGCCACCACCUUUCAAAAUUUGCCAGGCGCAGUCUAACUCUUGAUGAUUUUCAACAUUACUUGUUCUCCACAGAUCUCAACCCUCCAAUUCUUAAUCAGGUUCUCCAAGACAUGAGAGCUCCAUUGUCUCACUAUUUCAUAUUUACUGGCCAUAAUUCGUAUUUGACUGGAAACCAAUUGAGUAGCGAUUGUAGCGAUGUCCCAAUUAUCAAGGCAUUAAAGAGAGGUGUAAGAGCAAUUGAACUAGAUUUAUGGCCUAAUUCUACUAAAGAUAAUGUGAAUGUUCUUCAUGGAAGGACUUUGACAGCUCCCGUAGAAGUAAUCAAAUGCUUGAGAUCGAUUAAAGAGCAUGCUUUUUCGGCAUCACCUUACCCUGUAAUAAUAACUCUUGAAGACCAUUUGACACCGGAUCUUCAGGCUAAAGUGGCUCAGAUGAUCACUCAAACGUUUGGUGAAACGUUGUUUUACCCUGAAUCCGAAUGUUUAAAAGAGUUUCCUUCACCUGAAGAAUUGAAAUAUAGGAUUAUCAUAUCAACAAAACCUCCAAAAGAGUACCUUGAAACUAAAAGUACUAAUAGCAGCAGAUACAACUCCAUGAAUGAAAAUAAUUCUAAUGAGGAUACAUGGGGAAAGGACUCAUCGGACGUUUCAGUUAAUCAAGCAGAUGAUGAAAAGAGUAGUGAUUAUGAUACAAGUGAACACAAUCAAUAUGAUGAAGACAAUGAAGUCUGUGAGGAUCAGUCAAGCGCAUUAUAUGGAGUGCUAGCAUACAGGCAAUUAAUCGGCAUUCAUUCCGGAAAAUCCAAGGGUAGUCGAUUAAAGGACGAACUAAGACUUGAACUUGAAAAGGUUAGACGUAUUAGUUUGAGUGAAAAAAAAUUCAGAAAGGCCACUGCAUCUUAUGGAACAGAAGUUGUCAGCUUCACCCAGAGAAAUAUUUUGAGGAUAUACCCCAAGCAAACUCGAGUUAACUCCUCCAAUUACAAGCCACUAAUUGGAUGGAUGCAUGGUGCUCAAAUGGUUGCAUUUAACAUGCAGGGAUAUGGUAAAUCUCUUUGGUUGAUGCAUGGGAUGUUUAGAGCCAAUGCAGGGUGUGGUUAUGUGAAAAAGCCUGAUUUCUUGAUGAAAAAUGGUCCAGAUGGUAAGGUUUUUGAUCCCAAAGAAAAAUUGCGGGUGAAGAAAACCUUGAAGGUGAAAGUGUAUAUGGGAGAUGGAUGGCAUUUGGAUUUUAAACAAAAGAUGUGUACUGUUUGGUCUCCACCACAAUUCUACACCAGGGUUGGCAUAGCGGGAGUACCAGCGGAUAAGACAAUGAAAAAGACAAAGAAAAAGUUGAACAGUUGGACGCCUGUUUGGGAAGAGGAAUUUACAUUUUCAUUGACAGUUCCUGAACUGGCUUUGAUUAGAGUUGAAGUUCAGGAGUACAACAUGUCCGAGAAAGACGAUUUUGCUGGCCAAACUUGCUUGCCUGUGUUUCAAUUGAGGCCAGGUGUUCGUGCAGUCCCCCUUUUCGACCGCAAGGGAGAAAAGUUCAGCUCAGUUAAACUUCUCAUGCGCUUUGACUUUGCUUAAUUUUGCACACUAAUUGUCCAACCAUGUAAUUAUCUUUUGCCUUUUGGGUGCUAGCUGUAUGUUUUGUUAAAGAAGAGGGGUUAGAUGUCAUGUAUAGUGAAAAUACAAUUUGAGGCUACACAAAAUGAAUAAAUCAAACAAGGAGACAGGUGGAAUGA